AUGCUCUCUGCCUCCUCUCAUUCGUCGGCCCUGUGGUUGCUACUGUGUGGUGUGCAACAGGCCGCGUGGCACCGCCGGCAGAUGCUGGAGCAGUUGGAGGUUGAGGUCUCGUACGCCAAGCCAGCCAAGGAGCACAAGUUCAACAACGCCCUGCCUGCCAUGCCGGUCGGCAACCUCCACUACCCCCCAAGUGCCCCCACCACGAGCACACACAAGACGACCACCCACCACACGGCCGGCAGCAACCGCACGUCAGACGAGACGGGCAGCGAGGGCUCGGCCACGUGGGUGUCCAUCAACCUCAACGAGAACGAUGGCACGAGUGCCACUGACCAGACAAGCAGCGCAUGCCCGCUGCUGCAGGACGCCUGGCUGGCCGUCAAGGGCGCGUGGGAAGGGGUGACCAAGAUGGUGGCCGGCUGCUGCUGCACCAACCUCACCAACGUGGCAUAG